AAUAGUAAUUUUAUAAAAUGCAAAGGAUUCGUAACUAAGGAAAGGAAACUUCUCAAGGCUUCUCAUCGCUAAGCCAAGGCAAAUCCCAAAGCCAAAAACAAAUACAAUCUCUCGUACCGAACCUACCAAUACCACCGCCCACCGCCACCAAUGGUUCCGCCGUCGUCAACACCGCCGCCAAACCCCCAACAAAUCCAACAAUUCCUCUCCUCCGUCCUCUCCCAACGCGGCCCUUCCGCCCUCCCUUACUCCGAAGACACCAAAUGGCUAAUCCGUCAACAACUCCUUUCCCUCAUCUCCAACUACCCUUCCCUCGAACCUAAGACCGCCACUUUUACCCAUAACGACGGCCGAUCCGUUAACCUCCUCCAAGCCGACGGCACCAUCCCCAUGCCUUUCCAAGGCGUCACUUACAACAUCCCCAUCAUUAUCUGGCUCAUGGAAUCUUACCCUCGUUACGCCCCCGCCGUCUAUGUCAAUCCCACGCGCGACAUGAUCAUCAAACGACCCCAUCCUCAUGUUUCCCCUUCUGGGUUAGUUUCGAUUCCUUAUUUGCAUAAUUGGAUUUACCCAAGUUCUAAUCUUGUUGAUUUAGUCCUUCAUUUAAGCUCUGCUUUUUCUCGUGAUCCGCCUCUUUAUUCGCAACGCCGCCCCAAUCCUAACCCUAACCCUAGCCCUAGCCCCAGCCCUAACCCUUCGAUUAAUUCCUCCAUGACGUCUACUUAUGGGCAACAUCCACCGCCGCCAGGACCUAGGGUGGCUGCUACGGCCGCGGCGGCAGGAUACCCCCCAUCACCUUAUGGGAGGGUACAGCAUUCGCAAGCUCGUCCUACUUCAACGGAUGAUGCUGCCGAGGUUUAUAAGAGGAACGCAAUGAAUAAGUUGGUGGAGAUGGUUCAUGGGGAUAUAAUUGGGAUGAGAAAAGCAAGGGAAGUUGAAAUGGAAGGAAUGUUUUCGGCUCAAGCUGUUUUAAGAAGGCGAGAGGAAGAGAUUAAUAAAGGGUUGAAAGAGAUGCAAGAUGAAAAAGAAGGUUUAGAACAACAAUUACAGGUUGUUUUGAUGAAUACAGAUGUGUUGGAUAGUUGGAUUAGAGAUAAUGAAGGGAAAAUAAAGAACUUAGGGAAGAAGAAUAAUAAUGUAGCUGUUGAUGAAGCGAUUCAUUGCGUCGAUGUUCUUUCUAAACAAGUCUUGGAUUCCACAGCUGCUGAUUUAGCUAUCGAAGAUGUGGUAUAUUCCUUGGAUAAGGCAGUGCAAGAUGGGGUUGUGCCGUUUGAUCAGUAUUUGAGGAAUGUGAGGUUGUUGUCAAGGGAGCAGUUCUUCCAUAGGGCUACUGCCUCCAAAGUUAAGGAAGCUCAAAUGCAGGCUCAGGUGGCAAAUAUGGCUGCUAGAAUAUCACAUUUCGUUUCAUGACUGGUUAUUGUUCUGUUUCAGAUUUGUCUAUAUAAAGGAUCAAGCUAUUCGAGGUUGUACCUUUAUUUCAAAGGCCUAACGAGCGAAGGAUUAACUUCAUACGGGUCUAAUAAUGACUACAAUAGGUUUUAUCUGUUUUUUUCUCCUCAUCCCUUGACCUGAUUGUCAUGUAAAUGGAUGGAUCCCUUAUUUAAUUGUCACUGGUUGUUUACUUUUGUCUCGGCUGACUGACAUAUUCUACGAACUAUAAGUUUCAUGAUGUAUUAGUUUUAUGGCUAAACUUUCAACCACUUAUUCACCCCCAUUUUUGUGAGAUUUAUGAGAUAAUCAUUAAUUUCAUUUCCUAGGCAUCAUUUUUAAAACCUUAACUUCAAGGUCUCUUGCUUUAAGGUUUUUUCUUUUCCCCUUUUUUAAUUGAUCUCUUGUACUUGAAGAAUCACUUCAGGGUUAUCAAGUAGUAGUUUCCAUAUUAAUUCUCUGGUGUAAUAUCUUGUCUCUAGCUUGCUUGUCAUCUUGUUCCUUAAUAUAUAUAUUAUAAAUUUGGCAACACUACUAUAGAAAGUGAGAUAUAAAAAAUAUAUUACAAUCAGCUUUUUUUCUCUUCUGCAAAUGUUAAAUUUUUUGUCAUGGUAGUCGAGAAAUAAUGUACUAAACCGAGCGAAAAUAUUUUCUUAUAUUGGCUUUUAUCUUGGAACUUCACAUGUGACAUUACUGUUCUCUUGCUAUGUUUAAAUUUUGAAUAGAACUUGCAAAUCUGCUUCUUACCCUACUUGUUGGAGAAAUUAUUUAGGAGUUUUGGCUGCCAUAAUUGAGAUGAAUCCAGUGUGUUGUUUUGAUGGAUCCAUGUUGUGGUUGUUUAUUAUUCCUUUAUACUGGUUGGUAUCAAGUAUGGGAGAAUUUUUACUCUAAUGGUUGAGAUACAUUAACAUGUGCUAUAUUUUUUUAGCAAUAUGAUGUUAUUCAUAGAUCAACUUAUGUGGUAAAUCAUGGCCAGGGUAGUUGGUCAUCAUUUUGUUUGGAAUCUGAAACUAUUAGGAGCUCCAUAUGCUUUUCUCAGCCAUGAGCAUUUUUUUUUUCCCUUGUCAUUGGUGUUCCUCUAAUUACAAUCAUACAUAUGGAAAAUGAUUGCUUUACUUAUUUGGUGAUGAUAUGGUUUGGUUACUUUUCAUUUAUACCGGAGGUUGAUUAUCCAGGUCUGAAGUUGUUUGUUCUCGUCACCGAGAUUUUUUAUUUCCGAUUCUUUUUUUUUCUUGUGUUUGAACACUCAUGUCUCCAAUGCAUAUUCAGGCAUAGAUAUGGAAAUAUGACACUUCCUCGAAGAAUAGUUGAUUAUGUUUCAUUGCUGGGUGAUGUUGCCAAGUCUAUUAAUUUUGAAUUAUAAAGCUUGCAUUUAAGGGUGUUCUCUAACUGCAUUUAAGAAUGUUAUAGCUUCUGUUGCACCGUCGAAACCCAUAUCCCUUGUAUCGUACCAAUCAUGUAUGCUUACGAGGUUUCAACUUGUGAACUGAAAAUCAAAUCGACCCUAAUACAUUUAAGUAGUAUUUGAACGAAAUCUAUAUGAGGGUUUUCUCGGUCAGCCUUAUUUGAGAUGUCUUGUCGAGGGAUCAUUGAUCACAUACACUCUCCCAAAUGGCCUCCGUGUGUCAUUGAAAGCUGUGGGGAAGCUUAGAUGAGCUACUUAAAUGGCGGAUGGGAUUUUCACACUACAUGUGUGGUGAAAAAAAAAAAGUGAAGCUCUGUAAUUUUGUGAGCUGGUGGAAUGUAUGUUAAGCUCUUUGAGUGGUACGAAUUGCGAUAUAUGUUACUAUGAGAUUGCAAACUACAAUAACAUAAAUCAACGUUAAUCGUUUCACGGUAAGCUUCCAAAUCGAAUCAUGAAGCAUACUAUUUAAGUUAAAUGAAAAGCUUUAAUCCUUCUAUCAUGUCGAGCGGUGUGGCGGAAGUAACGUUAAACAUUUGCUUAUAAACUGUUCGAAGAAAUGUUUGAGAGAAAUGUAACAGUGUUGAAGUCGAUGAUUUCGGGGAGGUUUCCCUACUUUUUCAUAUUUUAUAUUUAACCCAAAGCAUCGACUUUAAAGCUUAAAGACAAAAGCUGUGGUCUCUUAAAGGGGAUCUCAAAGCUUUAAUCAUUGAAUUAUAUGAGCUUCAAUGGCUGCCCAAAUUUCCAAUCCAAUCGCGCCUUGCCGCCGCAUAAAGCUCAACGUCGGGGGCAAGUUUUUUGAAACUACCCUCUCCACCCUCCAGUCCGCCGGUCCUGAUUCCCUCCUAGCUGCCCUUUCCAACCGCGCUGCCUAUAACCCUAUCUUCAUCGACCGGGAUCCUGAAAUCUUUUCCGUCCUUCUCUCCCUCCUCCGCUCUAACCGCCUCCCUUCCGCCGCCCUCCGCCGCUUCUCUAUCCACGAACUCGCCGAAGAGGCUCUUUAUUACGGCGUGGAGUCCCGUCUCCGCUCUGCCUCUUUGCCCUCGCCGCUUCAUGGCAUAGACGCCGCCAUCGUCGAUACCAUCCGCCCUGCCUCAGACGCUGUUCCUUCCACUUUCUCCGCCGGAGAAGAUGGUUCACUUUGGAUCGCUCACGGUGGUCAAAUUUCAAUAUACGAUUCCUACUUAUCAUACUCCACCGCCGUCCGUACGCAUCUCGAUGAUAUCACCUCGAUUUGCCGGGUAUGGCCAGAAAUAGCCGCUGUCGGAUCCGAAUCCUCAUCGGGUCUCCAUAUCUACGACCUCUCCAGCGGUCACUAUACCGGUUCAGUUCACUGGACCGACCAGGACGAUCCACGGAUAUACAAAGCCCGAGUCUGCGCCAUCGCUAACUCACCCGACUCGGUCUUCGUAUCAUUCGAUUGUCCCCAUAGAGAAAACAGCGUCCUCGUUAUCGACAAAUCAACGCUUCAGGUCUCAUCAGAGCUGACUCGCCAAUCAGGAAGCGCCGCCAAGAACACAUUCCCCGGAAAACUGACGUGGCUACCGGAAACUAGUUUGGUUAUCGGAAGUGCUGUCACAUGUGGGGCAUUUGGUUAUUCAGGUUAUAUUAGGAUAUGGGACCCGAGAAAUAAGGAAGUGGUAUGGGAAACGAACGAGCCGGGUUCAGGGCGGAGCAGUAGGUUCGGAGACUCAUUCGCCGACGUCGGUGUCGACAUUGACGAUUCGAUACUCUUCAAGAUAUGUUCAAAAUCUGGGGAUUUGGCAAUGGCAGAUAUUCGUAAAUUAGGGGAUGAUCCUUGGGUAUAUAUGGAAGAUACAAAUCCUAGCAUGAGAGAAGCUAGCUAUGGUGGGAAUGAGGUUCAUUUGCAUUGCUAUAAAAGGCAGGUAUUCGUGGGGAAAGAUGGAGGAUUGGAGGUUUGGUCGAGAUUGAAUGAGAGAGGUGGUUGGAGUGAGCAAAGAGGGGAUAGUGAAAAUGGAAGAGAUGAGAUGAGUUUGAAGAGGAAUUAUGUGGAUAAAGUGGAGAUGGGAGAGAGAGGGUUGAUAAAGAGAAUUGAAGGAGGUGGGGAGAGAUUGUUUGUUAGCAGAGAAAAUGUGGAAGGGAUUGAGGUCUGGGAGAGUUCUAAUCAUUCUGCUAUCAUUUCUGUUUCCUCUUAAAUCACAAUUUGAUCCUUGGAAAUAGGACAUUCUUCUUGGCAUCUCUGAAGAGAAGCUUUUUACUCUUUCUUUAGUUUGUACUGUUAUUGGUUAUUUCUCUUGUAAUAAAAGGUAUUGCCUUUCGACAUUUUCAAGAAAUUCUCUUUCAAUUUGUGCCAUGAGGAAAAUUGUUAAGGAACUCAGUCGAUACAGCUAAGAAAAUUUGUGAAAUUUCUUGGUAACGGGAUUCUCUCCCUCAACCAAGAAUUCUUAACCGAGACCAUUUUUAUAACAGAAACGUCCUCACAAAUGGUUUUUUUUACUAAUACAACAACCGACAAGAAGAAAAACGACACAAUAACAUUCUCAAAAAAACAGUAGGAAUAUCUGAAAUGAAGCACACGACUUUCAGCAACCAAAACAAUUGCUAAAUCAACACCGUUAUUAGGUAGUAAGCUCCAUUAUAGCACUAACAAUGUCACCAUCAGCAGCCUUGAGUGCCUUGACAGCCUUUGACCUGGACACUCCUGCUUGUGUCAUAACUAAUUCAAUGUCCUUGGGCUCCACCCCUGUGUCAUCCACUUCUUCAUCGUCCUGGACUGCUGUUGAUGACUCCGGUUUCGAUAUGACAUGGCUUAGAUCAGGA